UUUGGAGUCCUUGAAUAUGUUUUAUUGACGCCGUCGGACUGGGAGUUAGACAAAGUGUCGAACGAGGAUCAGUUGCGUGGGCUUUUGUCAGAACACUUCUUCCUGCUCUUCGAUAUUUUCAAACUGCUAGUAGUGAAAACACUUUUUUCUUCCAGUUCGUUGCCCGUUUUUGUACAGUACGGCGAGAAAGAGCGUCAGUUGUACAUCGGUGUUUGCCAGAAUAAGUGUAUGCGCACCAGCUUUGAAUCCGUCCAUCAGCGUCGUGGCCAUCCGUUGAAGUGUCAUUUGUCUGGAUAUUUGGAUAUCUUCCGGGAGGACAGACCGUGCAAUGCUGUGAAAACGGAAUUGACGCCAGAGUAUGGGAUGGCCGUCGCAGGAGAUCUCGAUGUUGUUGAUGUUACUCAUCUUCCAUUUGGAGCUGCUACUGAUGCAGUGGAGGAAUUUGGAUUGUCAGCGAUAUGGUCAAAUGUGGACAGGGGCAUUCUCGUUGAAGAACAGCAUUUUACUAACUUGGAUCCACUGCAAGCCUCAUCAUGGAGUUCAUGUAUGCGAAGUUUGCUGGAGACGGCCGAAUCUCCGGAGAGUUCAUGUGUUGUUUCUACGAAAUUAAGUCCUUCGGCACUGGAUUCACGCCGUGCGUUGUCUUCAUUACUUAUGCCAGUAGCGCCACAGAAUAUUGCCAUCACAAAACCGGACGGUGAUGCUAAUGAAGAUAACUUAAAGUCGGCUGUUCUUCAGCGUUGGAUUGAUGCAAUUUUUGAAAAGCCAAAGCGGAGCUUUGUGCUGUCAACAAAGGAUAGCGUAGAUGAUGUGGCAGUCGAACCUGCUUGCUCAACUGGAAGAACAAGAAGCCCUGGACCUGGUGGUGCGGUCAAAAAUACUCAACCUUGUAAAUCCGCUGUUGCUGAAAAUAGUGCAAGAGAAGCUGGAAUGUCCGAGGACUUGGUGGAUUUCUACCAACAGUUUUCCAGAAUACUACCAAUCGUAUCGAUAAAACCAGAUGGCUAG